AUGGAUGGUGUUAUAGGGUCAAGUGCAAAAAAAAGUCAGAGAAAUGGAGUACUUGUAGAUAUACAGGUAGCAGAAGAGGAAGAUAGUGAUGACUACGAUCCUAAUCUCUCAGACUUUUCAUCAUCUGAUGAGUCUGAGAAAUAUAAGGAUAGUGACUUCGGAUAUUCUGAUGAUGAUGCAUUGUAUGAGGCCAAUGUUGACAAAGAGCUAGAGUUUGCUGGUGUAGGUAGUAAGAAUGCAAUGGUUAAGGCAGUUGAUGACCUACAAAGCCUUGGAAGCUCCUCUGAUGAGCUAAGAAGUAUUGACAGCUUAUUUGAUGAAGGAGGUACUUCUCAUAUGAGGCAAUACCCUAUUUUUAAUGUUCACUAUGAUAUACACAGUCCUCAAUUCAAACUUGGUAUGGAGUUCAAGAGUCAUAAUAUGUUUAGGAAUGCUGUGAAUGAGUCUGCAAUUAACUGGGGCAAACAUAUAACAUUUACUAAGAAUGACAAACAAAAGGUGAGGGCAAAGUGCAAAGUUGGUUCUCCUUGGGUUUGUUAUGCUUCAUGUGUAAAACAUAAUGGGUUGUAUAGGAUCAAAACACUUGUUGAUGAGCACACUUGUAAUAGGUCUUUUAAUGUGGCACAUGUGAGUUCCAAAUGGAUUGUCAGUAGGUACUUUAAAAGAAUUCGGUUAAAUCCUACAUGGCCAAUUCAGUCAUUGGAAGACACUAUUUCAAGUGAGCACAAUGUGAAGAUUAGGGAUAUCAAUCCUGGAACAACAGUCUGCAUGAAGGUGAAACAGAUUCCAAAGGUUAAUGAAGGGAGUAAUCCAACAAUUAUUGAUGGGAGCAAUACAGAGUCAAAGUUCAAAAGGUUGUACUUGUGUUGGGGUCCAUUGAAGAAAGCUUUUAUGAAUGCUUGUAGGCCAGUCAUAGGAGUUGAUGGAUGCCAUUUGAAGGGGUCACAUGGUGGUAUUCUCUUGACUGCUAUUGGGAUAGAUGCAAACAAUUGCAUAUUUCCAUUUGCCUAUGCAAUUGUUGAGAAAGAGAAGAAAAAAACAUGGUUGUGGUUUGUAGAGCUGCUAGGACAUGAUCUGAAUAUUGUAAACUCUCAUUGUUAUAUCUUCAUGAGUGAUAAACAAAAGAAAGCUGCAAGGGCAACAAUUGUUCCUGCAUUUACCAGAGUGAUGGCAAAGAUUAAAGAAGUUGAUUGUAAGGCAUAUGAUUGGUUAGUUAACAGACCACCAAUUCAUUGGAGUAGGAUCCACUUUAACACUUUUCCAAAGUGUGACCUUUUGCUAAACAAUCUAUGUGAGUGCUUCAAUGCAAGCGUCUUGGAAGUUAGGAGUAAACCUGUGGUUACAAUGUUAGAGAAGAUUAGGUUGUUGUUGAUGGAAACAGUUCAAAAAAAAAAAAGAGAUGUAAUGCAAAGACACAAUGGUCCUAUAUGUCCUAAGAUUCAAAAUCAUUUGGAGAAAAUGAAAGUGGAUGCAGGUGGAUGGAUUCCUAAAUGGAAUGGCAAUGAGCAAUUUGAGGUUAUAGGGCCAUAUGGUGAGCAAUACAAGCUGGACUUGCAAGCUUGGACUUGUGGCUGCAAGAACUGGGAUCUGUCAAGCAUUCCAUGUGCCCAUGUUGUGGCUGCUGCAAAUUUCUUGGGUCAAAAACCAUAA